GACGACGUUCUGGUCAUUGGGAUCGAUUUCGGCACAACAUUUUCGGGCGCUGCGUGGGCUACCGACGAAGAUUUCAGAGCUGAACAUAUAAACGUGAUUACUAGCUGGCCAGGUUACGGUAGAGAAGAGGGCAAGGCUCCAACCGAACUCUUCUAUGAGGACGGUAAAGUGAUGUGGGGAUACGAAAUUCCAGUCGAUGCUGCUCCCGUCUCAUGGUUCAAAUUGCUUCUUGUAAAGGACGCAGAUCUCUCCGAAGAAUUGAGGUCUUCGGAAUUCUUGUUAAGAGGAAGGAAGAUGCUGAGAGAGAAUGGUAAGACUGCGAUUGACUUGAUCGCGGACUAUCUUAGAGCACUCUGGGCGCAUGUGCUGGAUACUAUCCAGAAAGCCCGCGGUGAGUCAGUUGUUGACGCACUGCCUUUCCAUGUCGUUAUUACAGUACCAGCUAUCUGGAAAGGGUAUGCUCGACAAGGAAUGGAGAAAGCUGCAAAACAGUCGGGGAUCUUGGACCCACGCGCAGCCGGACCUACUAUGCUGACCUUCGCUCCUGAGCCGGAAGCCGCAGCGCUAUCAGCUCUUUCGGAACCUGGUCGCAAGCCCAAGGCUGGAGAUGUGUAUGUAAUUUGUGAUGCUGGAGGUGGCACGGUGGUAAAACAAAUAUUGACAUGUAAGGACCUCAUUACUUACGAGGUUGACUCGUCGAAAAAGCCUAUUUUAAUGCACGAGGCGGUUGAAGGAACAGGUGGUCUUUGUGGCGGCAUUUUCAUUGAUCAAGCCUUUGAAGAUAUGUGCAGAGCGCGACUUGGGAGAAAAUGGGAUCGUUUGAGCAAGUCAGGAAUCAAGCAAAUCAUGAAGAAUGAGUGGGAGGCUGGCACAAAGCCGGAGUUCAAGCCUUCGAACACCAAAGACUACAUCGUUGCAAUUCCAGCUGAGGCUUUUGGAAAAGAAAGUUUAGAUGACACAUCAAAAGAACCCGUCAUCAAAAACGGAAGAAUUCAUUUCAAAAGUUCACAUAUUGAGAAAGCGUUCUCUCAAUCGUGGUCGGACAUCGAGAAGCUAAUCGAUGAGCAGAUCAGCAGAGCUCGAGGUCAUGGAUCUCAUGCGACAGGAAUCAUUCUAGUCGGUGGGCUAGGUGGAAGCCCAUAUCUUUACCAAGUGCUGAACGCAAAAUAUGGAAAAUCCGGUAUUAACAUUCUGCAAUCUACUGGAAUGCGGCCACGAACUGCCAUCUGUAGAGGCGCCGUAUACAAAGGAUUCAUGGAGGGCGCAGGUGGCAACGCCGAUGCGAAUCAGCCUAACAUUAUAGCAGUUACCUCAACAGUAUCAAGAUUUAGCUUGGGCGUCAAAAUUCGUGUCCCUUUUGUAGAAGGAAAGCAUCUCGAAGAGGACAAAGAAUGGGAUGAAUGCGAAUGUGAGUGGAAAGCUAGGAGUCAGAUGGAGUGGUAUCUCGAAAAGGGAGAGAAUGUCUCGAGAAAAGACCCACUUAGAAGGUCGUACUACAGAACCUCCAAGACUAACUUUGGUACAUCUUGCUCGCUUAAUUUGUAUCAGUGCGACGAGCUAAAGCCACCGUCGCGGAAGACUUCUAAGGUCAAUAGUCUGUGUAUGAUUAGCUUCACGGUCGAUACCCCAUUCAAAUCGCUGAAGGAAUACACAAAUUCCUGGGGAGAAAAGUACAGGAAGCUAUCGUACGAAGUUGAAAUGGUGCCAUCAGGAGCAUCCUUAGACUUUGUAGUGUAUGUAAAUGGAAAACGACAGGGA